AUGGACUUUUUAAAAGCUGAAAUCGAAAGAAAGAAACGUCAAAUAACCGAAAGCAAUGUCCUGGCACCAGAUAAGAAGUAUUUUAAAAGAGGGGAUUUAGCAGCAAAACAAGCAGAGGAAUACUGGAGAAAACAUGGCCGUCUGCAGAAUGAUCCUACGAAUUCUAAAGAAAAUGGAGAAAGUUCUGAUGUUAAAACAGACACAGCACCCGAUGAUAAACAACAUAUACUACCUAGAAAAGAGGUAAUAAGAAAACUAAGAGAAAGAAAUGAACCCAUUCGAUUAUUUGGAGAGGAAGACUUUGAUUCGUAUCAGAGACUUAAAAAACUGGAAGUUCAAGAACCAGAUGUAAAUAAGGGUCAUGGUUAUGAAAAUGAUUUUAAGACAGCUAUGGACAAGGUAGAUGAAGAAUAUCUAGUAGAGAUUAUGAAGGGAGAAGGCAGUCUUCCCUCUAAUGAUGUAUCUGUUAAAGAUGAUGGUACCACUAAUGAUGAUAUUGAUAAAAUGAGAUGUGAAAUUGGUAAAGGUGAUCCCAAGAAAGAUCAAGAAGUUAUGUUAAGAUUCUUUAAGUUUAUAUUAAAACUCUGGGGUGAAGAAUUGAAUCAAAGGGAGGAAACUCUGAAGAGAACCAAUAAAGGCAAAAUGCAGAGUGCAACACAUACACAAACAGUAGCCUAUUUAAAACCAUUGUUUAAAAAGUUAAAAAAUGCAAAAGUAGAUGAAGAUAUAUUAGACAGUAUGGUUUAUAUCACAGAACAUGUCAUGGACAGAGACUAUAUAAAAGCCAAUGAUCGUUAUUUAGAAAUGGCUAUCGGUAACGCCCCCUGGCCUAUUGGUGUAACUAUGGUGGGUAUCCAUGCCCGUACUGGACGUGAAAAAAUCUCAUCACGAUAUGUAGCUCAUGUUUUAAACGAUGAAACACAGAGAAAAUAUAUUCAGGCAUUAAAAAGAUUAAUGACACAAGCUCAGAAACUAUUUCCUACUGACCCUUCUAAGAGUUUUAACUAUAAAUCUCCAGUAUGA